AUGACCGUCAGCGCAUUGUCUGCUUUCUUAACGGUCGGAAGUGUCCUCGAGGCCCCAAGAGAAACUUUGCCGUGCAAAUUGGACCUUUUCGGAUCCAUAGGUAUUGUUGAAGUAUACGGGCUGACAGACUGGGUUAGUCCAGUUGUACCCGCCUCAGGGAAAUUUGGGUCCGGCUUGCCCGUGAAUAGACCCAAUGCACCUGAACGCGGCUCCCAGGAGGAAAAAUACCGAAUACCAGGGGAUGCCACACACACAAAAGGACCUGUACCCGAGGCUUCAUGGGCUACUGCGCUCGCCUUGGUCUACUUCGAAACCGCAUUGGAUACUCGUGCAUCGGAGUGGAAGUUGUUGGCAAGAAAAGCGAACGGUUGGUCAAUGAAGCAAGUCACUGUGGGAAUCAGUGACGCAAACAGUGCUAAGGAAUACUGUGAUGCUCUGACUGCCGAAGCAAAAAAUUUCUGGUGA